UCUAUGUGCUUAAAGCAAGAUAAAUGUACAUAUAAUAUACAAGUAACAGAACUAUUGUACUCAUUAACAAAUUUUGCUUCAAUAAGACGAGUAGCAACCUGCUGCGGAGUACACAUUUUCAGAGAACGCAAAAUUUUUCUUUUUCCUCACUAAAUACAUUCUCUGUGUGGUUGUCUUCUAUUGAGCGAAACAACACUGGUUAUACAUGUGCACGCUAGUUAUUGAGUUAUCAACCCGUAAAAUAGCUUGAGUUCAUAAAGCUUAAGAGGGCCACGUGGUGAGCGGAGCGCGGAAUUUCAAGAUAUCAGCAUAGCAACUGGUUUACGAUUAUAUGUAAUAUCAUUGAACAUUGAACGUUAAAAUAUAUUGUUUAGGAGUUAUAGCUGUCGGACAGCAUAAAACAAAAGUGCACUGCGAAAAUACUGGUAUACAAGUGCAGACACAAGCCCGUUAAGGUUAAGCUAUAGAACAUUUUGUUCGAGUUAUAAAUUGAUAUAGAGUUAUUGUGAAAGGAACUGUAAUAGGUAAUUCCCGUUCAUAUUCAUAAUGAAUGAAUCCCAGGUAAAUAAUUUCCUACGUUGUCUGCUGCAUAUCGAUGACCUUAAUUAUUUGGCAUUGCAUGCACACGCCACCGUUAGAAGUGCUUUGAAUUCCAGUGAGACACAGCAUUCACAAUCAUCCCAAAGUAUUAACCCUGAUCCGACCGAUCAUGAUUAUGAUGAAUCAAGUAGUUACGAUGUCUUAGUCGCUAAAGUUACAGCCAUGGUGGUACUUUUCUGCGCGAGUACGUUAUGCGGCAGUAUUCCUUUUGCACUCAAUAAAUUUUUUCAUUGGACAGAGGAACAUACCAAUGCCCGCUCAGCAACAGUUGUUAAAUGUUUGUUAUAUUUUGGCGGAGGCGUGUUGUUAGCCACAACAUUCCUGCAUCUUUUGCCCGAAGUACAGGAGGCAGUCGAGCAAUUGCAGGAGUGCGAUAUAAUUCCCGAUUUGGAGUUUAGUCUAGCGGAAUUGCUUAUGUGUAUCGGUUUCUUUCUCAUGUACUUAAUAGAGGAAGUUUUACACACAUAUAUACACCAACAUAUGCGUCUGAUGGGCAGUGAUGCUGGUGCCGGUGCAGCUUUCGAACGUGGACGUAGCAUACGCAACAGUUAUUUAGUGACGGGUAAAACAGCUGCCAAUGAAUCAACAGAGGAAGGUGUUCAUAAUGAGGAUACCCAAAUAGGCCUUACGAGCACUUCCAACUCUCCGAGUGUCUCAGAAAUUAAUGUUGGAAACAUUGUAAGUGUACCAACCCUUUCAAUUCAAAACUUGAUAGCCAAUGAUGUAGAGAAUCAAAAGUACAACAAGCAAGCUCAUAAUAAGGAGCCACAGAAAUAUGAACCUCAACAAACACACUACCAUCACCACCACCACCAUCAUGACCAUCAACAUCAACCCAGCCAAGACCAAGCUCUUGGUCAUUCACAUGUGCCGAUUGGCAAUGCUAGCGAUAGUAAAGAUGCGAUCACAUCGUCUUUACGAGGGCUAUUCAUAGUGUUAGCGCUAUCGUUGCAUGAACUAUUUGAAGGUAUGGCCAUUGGUUUAGAAAGCAAUGCAUCGGAUGUAUGGUUUAUGUUUGGUGCUGUAUCCGCGCAUAAACUGGUGCUGGCGUUCUGCGUUGGCGUCGAGUUAAUUGUAGCACGCACUCGUUUUGUGCUCUGUGCAGUAUAUGUGUUGACAUUUGCUAUAGUAAGUCCGAUUGGAAUCGGUAUUGGCAUAUUGAUCAGCCAUAGCGAUGGUAUUACAUCACCUAACAUACCCUCAGCCAUAUUGCAGGGAUUAGCUUGUGGCACACUAUUAUAUGUGGUGUUUUUCGAAAUUUUGUCGAAAAAUCAUUCCGGCCUGGUUGCUUACUUCUCGUUGUUGGUGGGAUUUCUAAUCAUGUUCGGGCUACAACAAUUGGGAUCAGAAGGCCAUAGCCAUAGUCAUGGCAGUUGCGCCAGUGGAAACGAUCAUGACCAUGACCAUGAUGACCUAAUGUUGUUAAACAGAGUGGAGCACGCAUACACAACUCAGGUGCCAGCAUCUGCUAUAAGAUCCCACAGCCAUGAGGAGGACAAAGGAGAUUUUAUGCGCGAACUGAAAAUCUUACGACAAGCUUCAGAUAAUCUAUUUCCAAAAACUAACAAAGUUCAUUAAUCCAGUUUUAGUUGUUUUUGUUUAUACGUACAUACGUAGAUAUAGUAUGUGCCAUGAAAUACAUGCAUAAUGAAGAUUAAUAACUAAUAAUCAAA